GACAAGAAGCCGUUUCGGAGGUGAGUUCGAAAAUGGCGAACCUUGCGAUUGUUCCUUCUUCUUCGAGCUCUUCCACAAUCCUAUCUUCUUUCGCACGACAACCUAAGAUUCAUCAAGUUUCGGAUUUCUCCGGUCGGGUGAAUUCUAUUGUCGAAAACCCUCGUCAUGUCCUUUUGUGCUCGUCGAGCGGCAAGCUCGAGUUUCGCGGGUUACGAUUGAAUCGGAAGGGUCGGAGAAGCGGUUUCAGGUGCAGUUGCAGCAGCAACAGACCUGGAAAUGGAGCUGACAAUGAAAGCAGGUCUGUCUUGGAUGCAUUCUUCUUGGGAAAGGCACUCGCUGAAGUGAUCAACGAGCGGGUUGAGUCCACGGUCGGGGAAAUUCUGAGCACGAUCGGAAGAUUUCAAGCCGAGCAGCAGAAGCAAGUUCAAGAGAUUCAGGAAGCAGUGCUUGAAAGAGCAAAGAGAGCGAAAGAGAGAGCGGCCCGAGAAGCCAUGGAAGCACAAGGACUCAUUUCUCCAAAGCCCGCAACCAUAAAACGAGCUCCAGCUUCUGUCCCUGCUGCUUCCGGCAAUGGAGUUAACUCUGUAACUCCAUACUCCACCGAUGAUGUAAUAAACGCACCGGAUAACACAAAUCCGUCAUCUUUCUCGGGUGCUUCAUCUGUCGGCGAAGCGAAAAACCCGAGUUCUGAGGAUGAAGACAGUCUCUAGAGAUGUUCUCUGACUCUUGAGGUUAAAAUCUAGAGUUGGUUAGGGUGUAAAACCCUUUGAAUAGAUACAUAAUAUUUUCAUGAAUCAUCAUACAUGUAUAAUGUAUUGCCCCCUAGGGUGACUUAUUUGGUUAAUAACUGAAAUAAUAUGAACCGAGUAACGCAUAAUCA